GCCUACCCUAGGUUUUGGGAGAGUUCUCCAGAAAGCGUAAAGAAGGGUGUAAAAGAGCGCUGAUGGAGAAGAGUGUCGAUCGCUCGCAGCACGAGGAGCCUUAUUUUCAACUGCUGGGAGUAAUUAAUAAUUCAAAAAAACGCCACCAGCAUCUAAUUCCCUCUGCAAGCCAGUCCUCCCAGCGAAAUCUAACUGGUGUGUAUCUGUAAAAAUGCAUGGCUAAUUUAUCAGCAAGCUUUGAAGAAAAGCCCGAAUCUGCAACAACCCGCUGCGCUGAGGAAGGAGCCCGGAACACCGACAGCCCGGAACACCUGUCGAAACUGUGGGCGUGCCUACGGUCACAGCGGUCGUAGCUUCUGCUCACAGGUGCAGGGGGAAGGGCGUCUACUCCACCGUCGCGCAGCCGGAACAUUCAGCGAUGUUUAGUCUUGGCACAGUUAUGCUUUUGUGGGAUGAAGUGCUACAAAAUCUGGAAGCGACAGAAACAGAGGGACAUAAAAACUCCAGAACAAGCAGAACAUCGCGCCUCUUUGCCUAAGCGUGUUCAUCGGGACAACCGUAUCGUGCGCUGUGCAAAUGUCAGCUCACAGUUGCGCGUCGGCACCAAACCGGAGACGAUUACACAACCCAAUUAUAUUCGUCCACAUUUCCGUUUUCUUCUUACGUAUUUUCUUCAGAGUUUUGUCUUUUGGGACUGACUUGUGAGAUUGCACCUGGCGAAAGGACAAUCGCGUGGAAAUAACGGAAUUGUGUUGGACGAUUGUACUUCUGAGUCAGCCGGUCGGGCGAGAGAACAGACUGCAUGUCGGGCGAUGGAGAUGCUGACUUCUUGGAAACUUAGCGCCUUGCUGUCAUUGAUGCUGAUUUGGGCUUUUACAGGUGAUUCCCAACAGGUGGAGAUCCCUCGCAAGGAAAUGGAGGUGAUCCAGGGGCGGACGGUGGUUCUGCAGGCCUGGUACACCCCCACCUCCGAAAUUGAGAAGAACACCAUCAUCUGGAACUUCAUGGCUAACGACUCCAAGCAGGUGAUAUCGUACACGUCGGGCCUGAUCGGACUGGGCAGUCCCGAGUUCAGGAAGCGAGUGGGCUUCUCGCUCUCCAUGCCCUCCACCAACCUGUCCAUCUUCAUCAACAGCACGCAGGAGUCUGACUCCGGCCGCUACCUCUGCAACGUCAUCAUCCCGGGAGCGCCCGGACUGUCCGGGGAACUGCGACUCAGCGUGAAGGUUCCGCCGUCGGUCCCCGUGUGUGAGAUGGCGGGAAAGCCGGUCCUUAAAGGGAACGUGACGCUCAGCUGCCGGUCCAACUCCGGCAAACCCACUCCUCAGUACAAGUGGACCAAGAGUGCGCCCGUGUCUGAGGUGUUCUUCUCCCCCAUGCAGAAUGAGAAGCUGGGUACCUUGCGUCUCAGUAACCUCACAAGGAACAUGUCGGGGAAGUAUGUCUGCCGGGCCAGCAACACAGCUGGCUCAGAGAGCUGCUACAUCAACCUGGAGGUCUCCACAUCCACCAACGCUGGCGUGAUCGCCGGGGCAACAGUGGGCUCUGUGGUGGGCCUCGUGGCCAUCGUGCUUUUCCUGGUCUUCAUCCUGAGGAGGAGGAGGAAGGACACGGAGGAGGACUUGUCCAACGACAUCAAAGAGGACGCACAAGCUCCCAAACGGGUAUCAUGGGCGAAGAGCGGCACAGGCUCCGACAUCAUCUCCAAAAAUGGCACCCUGUCCUCCAUCCCACCUCCACGGGACCUCCACCACCACCACCACCUCCACCAGCAGGAGGAGCAACCGCAACACAACCACUUCCACCCCCACCACCCGGCCUCCGACACCGCCUCCAUCACCACGGCGACGGGGAGCACCACCACGGGCUUCCACCUCCAGCCGGCCCAGCCCAACCCCCUGCUGGGACUCCCCGGGUACAACGGCCCCCGCUCCACGUCGCGGGGGUCCCUCAGCCCCAACAACAGCAGCCUUCACAGGACCGAGGGGCCCCAGGCCCACCGGCACAAGGUCCCCAUUCCCGUCGGGGUCACCGCGUCCAAUCUGUCCCGUAUGGGGGCGGUGCCCGUCAUGGUGCCCGCCCAGAACCAGGCCGGCUCUCUGGUGUAG